AUGUGUAUAAAUUUUUUCAUCAAGAAGGGCGGUGAAAUCGAAAAGGUUGAUGAAGAAGAUGUUGAAGAUGAGCAUGGAUUGGACAACAUUGAAUCUUCUAGUGUAAGGUCAUAUUCUGAACUAAAAGGGAGAUCUCAUGCUGAGAGGGAGCUAGAAUUAGAUGCUGGAGGUGAUAUAGAUACUGGAGAUGUUGGAAAUGCUAGAGGUGAUUUAGAUACUAGAGAUGUUGGAGAUGCUGGAGAGGUUGAUCCUGAUACAAAGGAGUUGAAGGAUGGAAUUGAAGUUUUACUCCUACAGGAAAAUGCACGGUUGCAUUGGACUUACAAUACUCCAUUGAUCGCAAAAUUUACUUUCAUGUACUCUGUUGUAAAUGGUGAUGAAUGGAUUGAACUCUCCAUUGAUGAGGUGGACUUUGUGCAGCAUGUAUACCAUAUUUACGCCUUCGAUGUACUUCUUGAGAUAGAUGAUGUUGAUAUCCAAGUGUUUAAGAUAGAUGAUUUUAAUGGUAGGAUAGACCACUUCCUUGGACCUGUGUGA